AGGCUGCAAGCAAGCAGGCGAGCAGGAAGCAGGCAAGCAGGCAAGCCGUGAUCAAUGAUGAGCGCUCAUCUUCCCUUCACACACACCCCAGCAUUGUUGUUGGCGUGUCUGGUUCCGUCAUUGCUUAUUAGUCUUUACCUGGUGUCGUAUUUCUUCCUCUCUCUCUCUCUCUCUUUCUCUCGCUCUCUCGGAGGCAAUCAUUUAAAAGCAUCCCCUCCUCCAGUUCCCACCCCCUUCCAAUCUCGUUCCCCCAUUUUUUAUUAUUUUCUUGUUACAAAAAAAAUUACCGACCUCUUCUUCUACGGUACUCCAGUCUAGUCGUUGCUAGUGGAGCAAUUCCCCACUGGUAGUACUUUCCGAUCAAGCAAACCCAUAUUCGAGAUCCUCGUAUCUCCUCCAUAUCACACACCGUCACCACGUACCCUCCACAAAAGCACAUCGGACAAUGGCCGACAAGAACGUUAAGGAAAGCGAUGAAGGUAGGUCUUCUAUCCAUCUCCUCCACCCGCCUGUCCCAUCCACCGUUCCGCCCAACUCAAACUUCCUUGUGACCUUUUCCAAGAAAGCAAAUUACCCAAUACCUAUCGACUAGGAAGUGGAAGCGGGGAGAUGGUUGCUCGGGGAGCUUACAGGAGCACUACUCUCUCCCUAUUUGCACAAGUCUAGUCUCACGGAGUUGGGGAUCCGGACGCCCCGCGGGGGCUGUAGCCGAGACGGAGGAUCAUGGCUCCCUGGAAAUAGCUUCGAAGGGCAAGGGGGUCCAAGAACGCUGACCCAAAGAAUCCUGCAGUUCAUUUAGCGCGCGACGGAAAUGAUGUCGCCAAGCGAGCGAGCGAGCCUACCAAGAAGUCGACCGACGCUACCAAUGACUCGGCUACAUCCUCGACCGCUGCUGCAACUGCGGAGCCGAAUAACGCAAACGGGGAGGAAAAGAAGGAGGUCGAGAUAGGUGAGAAGAGGGAUCGUAUGGAGGACGAGGAGAAACCCGCUGCACAGGAGUUAGCCGAAGCCGAGAAGGAUGCGGGAAAGGAAACUAAGAAACCGAAGCUUGCCGAAGGCGCUGUCGAUGGCGAGGGGGAGAAUGGUGGGGCAAGCAAUGGUAGGGAUGAUGCUGCUUCUCCACCAAAGAAGAGAGGUCCGGGUCGUCCGAAGAAGUCGGAGAAGGAAGCCAAGAAACGGGAUGAAGCGGCAAAACCGGAGGCUAGCAGCGCAGAGACGAUUUCUGGGAGAACCCGCUCGAAGGCUUCAUAGAUCAAUCGUUGGCAAUUCUCGGUCGUGGGACGUAAGUUUAGAAAUUUGGUAAUCUUUUUUUUUUUUUGACGAGAUCUAUUGUGGCUGACGUUUUUUUUGUUUAUAUUUUAUUUGUAGCCGACCGGCAAUUUGACUAUUGCCGUAACAGAUUCACCUUGUGGCUCGGUGAUAUGUACAUGCUUCUGAUGUGUUAGCUUGGGAGUAGUUCUUUUUCUGCCCACUUUCUUCUUGUUAUGGGGCCUUUGGAUAUCUGUUUGUUUUUCCUCCCUCUACCCGGUCUCUGAUUUUUACUUUUCAGACCCGGCGCUGAAAGGUCUGCGGAUAUGACUGUUGCAGAGCCUGUGUACGAGUACGUGUAACGAGACUGGAGGGACGGAAGGAGCAAUGUUGAUAUCUCAAGAUACGACCUUGUG